AUGGAAUCAACCAUGCACCCACUACUCGCCAUAUUGAACUAGCAUAACGUAGGUCAUUAUAUCUUUGCGAUUGUUGUCAGCUGCCUCGAUAGAGGAAGAAUCAAGUUUAUAUACGGCUUCAAGGUGUUAAAGGAAAUUCAAGAACUUAGCGUGACGCUAUUUCUUUUUUAUGAGCUCCAAUUAAGGUCGUUAACGACUUUUGACAAAACUAACAACAAUGGAAGACGUGUCUCCUCCAAGAACAGCUUCUGGUAGUGAUAGAUCACGUUCUCUUUCGGCUGCUAUGGUCUUUGAAAGAAGUCUGAUUGAGAGAGAAGGAACUAAGAGUCCCGUAGUUCGAACCUUUGCUAGAAAUAUACUUAAGAAAUGGCGGGAUUCCAAAGAACGAGCCAUUAACAAAAGAUUACAAGAAGUCAAGUUAGAGAAAAAACGUAGAGAAGCAGAGUCUAAAGAAGUGGCACGAUUAAUCACAAGGACAGUUCCUUUAGACUUGUUGGCUAACGAAUGGAUGAACGAUAAUAAUAUCACCGCAGAUGUCAGGAUGUACCUCGUUGAAAAACUUCUACCAACUCUAAUUCUUGGUGUAGAAAAACUCUUAAAGGAAGCUUCCAAACGAAAUCUUGAAGAUUCGGAAGGUUUCUGUCCAGAUUUCAAUCCAAUAAACUAUCUUGCUCAAUAUUUAAUGCGGAACAAUCCAAAAUACUCCAAUUUUGUAGAGUCAUCUCCUUAUGCCAAGGGACUGCAUAAAAUCACUGCAGAUCUGAAAAAAGAAAUAUAUUCUACAGAGGAAAAUAAAUUGGCAAAGUUAAAGGCUGAAGCCAGAAAGAAGAGAGAAGUAAGGGAAACGGAAGAAAGGAAGAGAGAUAUAGAAGAAAGACGGAGGGCUUAUGCUAUAGAGGAGCAGUUCAUAGAAUGGACGUCAGACUGGAAAGGAAUGAUUCCAUUAGCAGUGGUGCAGAACACCUUGUUAUCCUUCCAAGAGCUUGCUGCAUCAUUUUCAGAAGAAGUUAGGAAAGGUGCAGAUUUUUGCAUUCCUUUGGAACCCACAGAUACAUUAGGAAAACUUCUAGACAUGGAUGCAUAUAAACAGUACAUGAAACCUUAUGCUGGGAACAUAUCAACUAAAGCCUUUGAUUUAUUCAUGAAUCACCUCUCAGCUUCUGCCAAGGAAUACAGAGCUGCUAGCCUAAGACAGGCUUUACAAAUGAUGCUACAAAACUUAUUCCUUGCCUGUGACGUGAACAGAGUUGGUGAGCUAGAUCGCAAAAGAGUGUUGCAGUUACUCGGUACCUUUUAUGAUAAAGCUGCAGGGAGUGAUCGAAAGAUUCUUAGAAACCCAAGACAAUGGCCUGUAAUUGAAGUUGAGGAAACUAGUAGUGAUGAUGGAUCUAUUAGUGAAGAAGACGAAGAGGAACCAGCACCAAGAGAAGAAAAGCAAAGCAAACCGCCAGAAGAAGAAAAACCAAAACCAGCUGAAGAAGAAACAGUUACAGAACAGGGAAAAGAAAAGGAUGCCGAGAAAGAAGAGGCACAACAGGGUCCUGAAGAUAAGAAGGAAUCUGAAAAACCCGAUGAGAUGUCAACUGCGCAAGAAGACCAAGAGAAACAACCUGAGAAACAACCUGAUAAAGAUUCAGAGAAAGAUCCAGAGAAAGAUGCAGGGAAAGAACCUGAAAAACAAAACGAACAACCAGGAGGAGAAGAGAUAGAAAAGGAUGAGAAGAAGGAUGAGAUGAAAGAUGAAACAAAAGAGCAGAAAAAAGAUGACGCGGAUUUGAGUGAAGAAGACAAGAAGCUCUUGAACUCUAUUCCAGAAGAAUUUAAUUCAUCAGAAGGUACAGAAUCAGAGACAACAGUCAGCGGUGUCUAUAAACCGGACACUCAAUCCAUCGUGGAAGGUUCAGCGUUCGAUGAAAACUCUUUAAACCAAUCACAAUUCAUUCACCUCACAGAGAAGUUUCUCGGUGAUGAACCAAACAGGCAACUCCUGGAAAAACUGGUCCGUUUUAUUCGCUCUCAUUACAUUGAGGUUGACUACGAUAGACUUGAACGAAUAAACAAGGCACGCAAGGAUGCUUACUCGGCCAAAAAACGAAAGAUGGUUGAUCAGCUGUUUGAAUUAUGGGAUGUCGACAUGUCGGGUUUUAUUGAAGUCGAGAAGAUCCAAGUCGUGCUGAGCAAAUGGUCCAGUGACAAUCCCAACUCUUUCCCAGAAGCUUACAAAAUCCUUAGCGAAGUCACAUCGAAAUUGGACCGCUUGGAGUUUCGUGAAUGUAUCAAGACCAUUGAGUUUCCAGAUGAAGAGAGUUCAUUCGAAGAAUUAAUGCAGUUUCUAAUGGCGUGCGUCGAGCGGUCGUUCGAGGAACGAAGACGUAGCGAGACGCGCAAGCGUUGGCUUGGAGCAAUCGACGUCGCCGCACAGACAAGCGGCGCAAACCUGGACCCCGUCUACAACGCGAUAUUCCAAAUCCUUUACAAAGACGCCGAAGAACAUGGACGCGGGAAAACGAUUAGCGCGUUUGUUAGCAUGCUCGAGAAUAAUGAAGACAUGGAGACGAUUUCUCGUGGAGAGACUGUGCUGAGAUAUGUUGCGUGUACUCAAGAAGACAUUGGGUGCAUGCUGGGUAAGGUUAUAUUUAGAAACAUGAAGGCUGUUAGCUGGGCUGCUGUGGAUACUGGCAAGCCGAUUCACGUGCCUAAGGUCGGCAGUCAUGGAGGUGUGCAGUUUUGGAAUCCUUCCAGGAAACCGGAGAGUACCGAUGGAUCAUUCAUAGUGCUACCAGUCAAGGAUUCCGAGAAGCGUGUCAUUGGUUUGCUAGGGAUAGAUACACUGAAUGAUUCUCACAAAGCAACGUUUAUCACCCAUGAGAUAUCAUUCUUCCAGGGAGUCGCGAAAGCAUUAGGUCAAGCCAUUCAGUUCAUCGAUGUGCGUAAGAAGACCUUACGAGUUGCUGAAUCUGCCGUCCAGUGGAUCCUCAGAAGGAGCCAGAACGUGCUGAAUGUUAACGUCUACCUCGUUGAACCAGGAUUAAGGUCCACUGAUGGCUUGGUUCUUCGUCGUAUGAUGCUAAUGAGCCACAACACUUUAACACAAAGAUUUAACAAUCCUCCACGACUGGAGAGGAAGGAUAAUCUUUUUAGGGAUUACUUGUUCAAGUGCGUGGAAAGCUCCGAAACCAUAACCGCAGAUGCAUAUGGAGAACGUCACAUGGCAUUCCCGUUGCGUGACGCUGAAGGUCGAGCUGUUGCUGUCGUGGACAUCAGUAUCGGUACCUUAAAAGCGCUACCACCUCAUGAAAAUAAAGAGAUACAACGCAUGCUCCGACUGCUGGCCAUGGCGCACCGGGAGGUAGCUCGUGAAGUGGCGGGCAUCGAGAAGAAUAUAGUUUUAGAGGUGGAAAAAGAACACGAAGAGGCGAGGAUUGACGUUCUGUUCGAUCGGUUGAUGUUACUUGAUCUGAGAGAAAAUGUUGGCAGACUGGAUGCCAGGGCUUUUGCUGAGAUCAAGAGCUAUAAAGACCCCCCCAAGGUCAUCCACGACAUCCUGAAAGCAGUUCUUGGUAUUUUCUACACUGAUCCCGAGUUGCAAGAACGGUUCGAGGAAUGGACGACAUGUAAGCAAUACAUCAACCAGGACCUCGUGAAGAACUUGACAUUGUACGAUCCAACAGCUAAAGAACACAUCGUCAAAGUCGAUGCUAAGACGCUUGCUAGAAUAUUACAAGAUGUACCACAAGGAGCAGUGGCCAAGCAUGGAUCGUUACCUGCUCAGUACUUGUUCAACUGGGCUUUCGUCUGCUUAUCCUUAAUUGAACACACUGACAAAAUGACAGAAACACGGCCAGGAAAAGUCAUCAGUCCGCAUGCUACCAGUUCAUUGAUGGUAGACCACGGCAAGGGACGAAGAGAUUCGCCAACCGAAACCAUCAACACUGUGAGUAAGACGGGGACAGGAUACGGUGUGGAAUCGUAGACUGCAUUCAUUGGCACCAUUCCUUGAUCCAAUCACAACGCGUUGAGUUUUGAUCCAUUUUGGAGCCAUCACAGUCACGGUACUGAGGGCACAUUCGUACCAAUUACUUUUCUUCCACGAUACAAAAUCUGUAAAUAAGCUAUAAAAAACCCAUAAUAAACAUGAGCCGAACCUAAUGACGUCAAAGACGACCGCGUUGUUAUCCAUAGGUUAGGCUCAUGUGGAAUUCCAGCUAAGAGAUCCGCAAAUAAAGAUUUUUUCAGGGUUGCGCACCCGCAUAGCUACUGAUCCCGACUCAGAAUGUUGAACGAGCCACGAUGCUAAAGACAAUAUUUUUGGACGAAAUUCAGCGAUGUUUUCAUGCCUUUUAAAGAAGACAGUCCGAUUGUGGUUUUUAUAAUAUAUUUUUGUAUCUGACUGAAUAGAGUCUCGUGGACGAUAAUCAGUCCUUGAAACUUGAAUGGGCCAUGAUGCCACUGCAAUGACUUAAAUAGUGGUCAACAAAUUGUUAAUAGCAUAAUUUUAAAAAACUACAGUCUUUUUAGUGUUGCUAUAGUGUUUAAAAUAUAGUUUUGUAUUUAAUAAAGUUUGGGCCGAACACAAUACAUCAGUUGUGCAUAAAAUGUAAAGAAAUUUAGUUUCAAUAAAAUUAAACUUUGUACUUUAACCUCAA